AUGACCUAUACGGAAGCGGAUAUUCCACUGCAAGCUCCGCGAUUAUUGCAACUCUCCGCCAAUGUUGUUGCUGCACAUUCCAGUACACUUUUGGCACAUGCCAAAUCUAAUACAAAUGAAUACAGCAACCAUUGUCAUUCACAACAACGACAUUAUCAACGAGAGCAACGAAAUAUUAGCAAUGAUGCAGCUGCCAUAUUUCAACUUCCUUUGCCAGCAAGUACCGCUGUUUUUGAUUCAUUGCGAGAACAGUGGAUUAAAACGGGUGUAACGCCGACUGCCGCUUUAGAACAAUUCACGGAAGCAACACAUUUGCCUUUGGAUAGUUUACCAUUAUCACGGGCCCAUCUGACGGAUCGUCUAUUGGCCAAUUUAGUGGCAGCACACCGUGAACGUUUAACGUCGCUCGAUAUAUCUGAUACACAGGGAAUUGUUGGUCAUGAAUUUAAUAGGGUAUUGGAAGAAAAGUCGGUGCACUUAGACCAACUUACAUCACUGUCAAUGACUUCAUUUGAAAUCCUUCGAAUACCGAUGAUUAUUGUCCCUCCUCGUAAAACUGGUGUUAAUUAUUCGACAAGUGGUUCCUGCGGCACUUUACCAAUACUUUCUGAAGAAGAUCUUGUCGGUUCUAGUAUUGAUAUUAAUAUCGAUCAUUAUAUGGAUACUUCGGAUAGUAAUCCAACAUCCACUUCACAUUGUCGAUCUACUUCCGAAAAUAGCGAAUUAAAGGAAGCACCUACACCUGGUCCUAUCAUGCAAAUACCAACGUUCACGUUACGCUGUCCAAAUAUUCGUUCGCUGACUCUUCAUCGGAAACGCAGCCAGUGUGAAAAUGAUGAAUCAGUAAAUGAAUUUCUGAAUCGUGUUUUAUCACCGUUGAAAAAGUUGGAACGUUUGGAUCUUUCCCAUUGGCAACGAGUCGAUGAUUUACAUUGUUUGCAUCUUCAUUCACUUUCAACACUUAUUCUUUAUGAUGUACCGGAUCUUUAUCGUUCUAUGGAUACUAUUGUACAAAUUACUACUCUUAAAUUUUUAGAUUUAUCGCAAAGUACAAAAGAAACGGGUACAUAUCCGCGUCCAGUAACAGCACUUCACAGAAUUGUUACGUGUUUAAGGUCACUGACUCAUUUGGACAUUUCAUCAACCAAUCUUGCUUCACAGCCGUCUACUUAUGAUCGCCCCGUAAAGGGAGCAACGUCUGUCAGGUCGGAUAUCUAUGGUCUACGUUGUUUAGGAGCACCUCUAGAAUAUUUGGGCUUGUUUAACUGUGACAGCGCUUCUCAUUUUGCUGAAAUACCGGCAAAGAAUAUUGCUGGUGACAAAGACGAAAAACAAAUUUUACUUGCUCUUCGAAUGUAUAGUCAACGAGCUGGUUUACUGCAAGCAGUUUUAAAUGAAAGCUAUCAACUUUAUAGAUUUGGACAUAACUUAAGUCGGCACACCGAAGCCCUGCAUCUUGUUUUGGGUGCUAUGCAACGCCAUCUGGAGGACAGCACACUGCAGAUUGCUGGAUCAGCCUCACUAUUUUAUAUUAUUCGCAAAGUAAGUAUGAAUCGUGAUACAAAACGAAUGGUUGUCACCGCACUUUUGGAUGGAAUGGAUGCACAUAUGGAAGAACAGGUGAUGGUUCGGAAUUGUUGUUUAUCACUUUGCCAAUUCGAAAUACCGCUGGAAAUCCUUUUCGAUUAUGGUCGUGUAGCGCGUUUGCUUGUUGCUGUUUUGCAGCAUCACAAUAGUGAUCAUUUAACUCAGCGUAUUGUAGUUUUUUUAUUAAAUUCAAUGGCAUGCCAUGUGGAAGGCGAACAGAAAGUUCAAGUUGGCAACAUUGGUGCUAUUGAAAUUAUUCUGGAACAAAUUCGCAGAAAGCAUGCAGCCAGCAUUUGUGAUGAUGUUAUGGAAGUGGGGUGGAGUUUUCUGUGGAAUAUAACCGAUGAAACACCAGUAAACUGCGAGCGCUUCCUCAAUGCUGAUGGUCUUCGUUUAUUUCACCAGUGUUAUCAGCAAUUUCAAAAUGAAACAGAACUUGUUCGUAAUAUGAUGGGUUUAAUCGGUAAUAUUGCUGAAGUAGAACAACUUCGUGCACAGCUUAUGCUUGAUGAUUAUAUCAAUAUUUUCUGUGCUCUAUUGACAAUGUUAGUUGAUGGCAUUGAGAUUAGUUACAACAGUGCAGGAGUACUUGCACAUAUGGUUAGUGAUGGAGAAGCGGCGUGGUCAAAAGUGAGUGUAUCACGUGCAUUUGUUAUGGAUAAAAUUAUCAGGGCUACUAAUACCUGGGAUUUGGAAGCAAAGAGAUUCAUAAAUUACCGGUCAUUUAAGCCAAUUUUGAGGCUCAUACCGAUGUUCGAUGCUCCAGCAAGCCAACAUUGGGCAAUUUGGGCACUUGCCAAUCUAACAUCUACUGAUAGGGAUAAAUAUUGUGCUUAUGUUCUUCACGAAGGCGGUAUCCCUUUGCUGCAGCAGGUCGCCGGUGAUGAACGGUCUUCGGACAAAAUGCGGAGUUUGGCCACCAUUGUUCUCAAAAAUAUUACCGAAUGGGAACGCUCAAAGUACACACCGCCACCGAGCAUGUUGUCAUCAUAA